AUGCUGAGGAUGAAGCUGCCGCCGAAGCCGACGUACCCCGCCGAGCCGCCGCCCGAGGCGGACGAGCCCGAGGCGGACGCGCGGCCGGGCUCCAAGGCGCCGCCCCGCCGCCGCCGCGACUGCCGGCCGCCGCCGCCCGCGGGCCCGUCGCGGGCCCCCCCGCCGCCUUCUCCGCGGGGGCUCAGGCCGCCUGUUGCGGGCGGCGCGGCGGCGGGGCCGGGGCCGGGGCCGGCGGCGGGCGGCGGGGGCCCGGCGGCCGCGGCGCUGCGCGAGCAGGAGCGGGUGUACGAGUGGUUCGGGCUGGUGCUGGGCUCGGCGCAGCGCCUGGAGUUCAUGUGCGGGCUGCUGGACCUGUGCAACCCGCUGGAGCUGCGCUUCCUCGGCUCGUGCCUGGAGGACCUGGCGCGCAAGGACUACCACUGCCUGCGCGACUCGGAGGCCAAGGCCAACGGCCUCUCGGACCCGGGGCCGCUGGCCGACUUCCGCGAGCCGGCCGUGCGCUCGCGCCUCAUCGUCUACCUGGCGCUGCUGGGCUCGGAGAACCGCGAGGCGGCCGGCCGCCUGCACCGCCUGCUGCCCCAGGUGGACUCGGUGCUCAAGAGCCUGCGCGCCGCCCGGGCCCGGGGCCCGCGGCCGGAGGACGCCGAGCAGGACGGCUCGGGCCCGGAAGGCGGGGGCGCGGAGCCGCGGGCGGCCGGCGGGCUGGGCUCGCGGGCGCAGGAGGAGCUGCUGCUGCUCUUCACCAUGGCCUCGCUGCACCCCGCCUUCUCCUUCCACCAGCGGGUCACCCUGCGCGAGCACCUGGAGCGGCUCCGCGCCGCGCUCCGCGCCGGCGCCGAGGACCCCGAGGGGCAGCCCUGCGACUCGGCCGGCCCCCGGGCCCAGAAUAACUCUGCCCGUGGUGACUACAUGCAAAGCAGCGAAGCAGGUUUAAAAGAAGAAGCCCUGAUACCUCACGAUGGACUUACUGUGGCUCCUCACAGGACUCAGCGAGAAGCUGUACACAUUGAGAAGAUUAUGUUGAAAGGAGUCCAGAGAAAAAGGGCUGACAAAUGUUGGGAGUACACCUUCAAAGUAAAUUGGUCUGACCUUUCAGUCACAACAGUAACAAAAACCCACCAAGAACUACAGGAAUUUCUACUAAAGCUUCCAAAGGAAUUGUCUUCAGAGACGUUUGAUAAGACCAUCUUAAGAGCCCUGAAUCAGGGUCCCUUGAAAAGGGAGGAGCGGCGACAUCCUGACCUAGAGCCCGUCCUAAGGCAGCUGUUCUCCAGUUCGUCUCAAGCUUUCCUGCAGAACCGCAAAGUGCACAGCUUCUUCCGGUCCAUAGCGGCAGACCCGCUGCACAGCCUCAGUAACUUACAAUCCUCUCUGAAGACUUCUAAGAUAUUAGAACACUUAAAAGAAGACAGCUCAGAAGCUUCAAGUCAGGAAGAAGAUGCGUUGGAGCACACCACAGUCCACAAGAAGCAUACUGGGAAAAGUCCCGUUAUGAACACGAUUGGUGCGAGUUGUUCUCCGUUGGAUGGGCUUAGCAUGCGGUAUUCUGAGCAGAAUGGACUCGUGGACUGGAGGAAGCCAAGCACCACUGCCGUUCAACACCUGGAGCACUGUGGUACCUUAGUGGAUCAGCAUUCAACUGAAAAACGAAGCUUACCUUUAAUAAGUAAGAAGAAAGGAAAGCCACACAUAGAAAAGGAGAAAAUUAAGAAAACAGACAACAGGUUGAAUAGUCGGAUUAAUGGUAUUAGACUCCCCACGCCUCACCACGCCCAUGGUGGUUCUGUGAAAGAUAUGAGUUUGGAUACUGGGUCAGGACAUGACACAUGUGGAGAAACAUCUUCGGAGAGUUACAGUUCUCCGUCUAGUCCACGGCAUGAUGGAAGAGAGAGUUUGGAAAGUGAAGAAGAAAAGGACAGAGACACAGACAGCAACUCGGAGGAUUCUGCACACCCAUCUGCCCCCAGGGUCACCAGCUAUGCUUCCUCUGGCCAGACUGUCCCGGGCAAGCCACCUACCCACGUGACUGCACUCGGGAGUGACAACAGGGGCUUUCUGGAGGAGCCCCUGCCCACACCCAGGUAUCCACACCUCCCCUUCAUGCCAACAUUACACUGUGUCCUGAACAACGGUGCCCAGAAGUCUGACGGCGUCCUGCCUCCUCCCAAGCCCACCAUUGACGGCAAAGCCCUGGGCAUGUUGGUGCCCAGCCCCGUAGCCAUCUCUGCCAUCCGGGAGUCCAGCGCUGCAGCCCCCGGGGGCCUGCUGGGGCCGGCAGCUGCCCCAGGAGACUCGGAGAAGCCCCUGGAACUGCUGGCCGCACCCCUCCCUCUCCAUUCCAGCUCCCUCCAGCACGGCAGCGCCUCAGCUCUGCACCUGCUCCAGAGGCUGAAGCUGCCACCGCCGGCACAGGGCUCAUCCGAGGGCUGCGCCGCCAACCUGCCGCCCACUGGGAGCCUGGCCUCACCGAGCACUGCCUUCAUCCCCAGUCCCGGGUUCCCUGGAGCCCCUGCCCCCACCACCACGGACCCCCUCGCCAAGCCCACGUCCCAGGUUGUGGGACUCAGCCCCAUGGUGCCUCCCAUCGAGGGCAGCACGGGGAGCGUGCCCCCGCCCUCCAAUGUGAAGGUCGUCCUGCCAGCAGCCGGCCUUGGCGCUCAGCCUGCACCAGCCUCCUACCCGCUGCCCGCCUCUCCCCUGCCUGCGGGUGUAGUGCCGGCGCCCACCUCGGGGCCGCCCGCCGUGCCCACCCACACACCGGGCCCGGCGCCCAGCCCCAGCCCCGCGCUGACGCACAGCACCGCGCAGAGCGACAGCGCCGCCUACAUCAGCGCGGCCGGCAACGCCAACGCGGCCGGGGCCCUGCUGCCGCCCCCUCCGCCCAACUCGGGGCCCUGCGGCUCCUGCGGGCGCAGGUGUGGCUGCGGGACCAACAGCAGCCUGCAGCUCAGCAGCUACUACUACCCGAGCCCUGUGCCCGGGCCCCUGUACCACCGCGUGCAGUCCUUCUUCACCGUGCCCCCCCUCUGCAACGGCAGCUACCUCAGCCAAGCACAUCAGAGCGGCGGCAGCCAGCUCCCCUUCUUCCUGCCGCAGACUCCCUACACCAAUGGGCUGGUGCAUGAGCCGGUGCUGGGCGGCCAAGCCGCCUACAGCCUGCAGCAGGUGGGGGGCUUCCGCUUCUAUCCCCCCGUCUACCCGGCCCCCGGCAGUGGCGCAGCCUCGGCCACCAGCUCGGGGCCCAAGAAGAACGGCAACGUGUCCUGCUACAACUGCGGCGUCAGUGGCCACUACGCCCAGGAGUGCAAGCAGGCGUCCAUGGAGGCCACUCAGCCAGGCACUUACAGACUGAGAUACGCACCUCCCCUCCCCCCUCCAACGGACGCGUUGGAUUCUGCAGACUGAACCGAGUGGCCCUUCCCUCCUGGAUCUCCUGAGAGGGCAGGCGUGGUGGGUAUGGAGGGGAGGAAAGGAAAGGUAUUUUGUGUUUCUCUGUCUAUACAUUUCCUCGAUCUCUAUGCAGUUGAGAUUUUUUUGUUUGUUUGUUUGUUUCUUUCUUGUGUACUGAUGUCCAAAAUGAGAGAGAAUGCGUUGCUUUUGAGCCUCUGGUCUCCUGGUCCACAGCAGGCUUCUCUGUAUGAUAAAUGUAAUUCCAACAUCCAAACAAACUUGGUAUCCAACAGAAAAUGUCCAUGCGUGCUUGUUUUUUUACACUGUAUACUUGCUGUGUGCAAUGUUUACUGAAUCUUUACAAUUGUGUAUUUGCCCUUUUUUUUUUAUAACACUGGCAGCAGUCAUGUGGUUUGGGAGGUGGGAAGAAACUGCCUCCCAUGGGCUGGAGGGAUGUCCCUCUGAGAACACGGCCCCCUGGCCCCAGAUCGCCUGUACAUAUGUAAUAAACAGCACCACCGAUGGACGCACCGUGCUUGCUGUCCAAACAAAUCAGAAACCACUCGAGAGGAAGAAGCCAAGCCAUACGAGCUGGGACAGUCCAGUGCCGGGAGUGGAUGAAAAAAGAGGGCGAGAAACCCACCUCCUGACUCUGGUCAUACUUUAGUAGCCUGUUGCUUCAGAGACACAAAGUGAACAAGCCAGUGUGAAUGUGCGUGCGUGGGUGUAUGUGUGCGUGCGUGCAGUGAAAGCCCACGGCCAAGUGGCCUGCCCCCACUGUGUCACACUCAGAGCCACGUGCCUAGAGUACUGUCCCUCUGUCCCCCACCGCCUGCUAGUGUUGCGUUGUGUGUCAGGUACAGGCGGUUCCUUGCACUCGCAGCUGAGGCGCUGCCUUCCCGGGCCAGGUCGGGUCUGUCCCCUCGCCUGACUCUCAUGGCGAAGUCACUUUGGUAACCAUUUACCACUAUGCUUGACUACAAUGUGAAAGACUGAGAAUUGAGUGUGUAACGACGGUAUUAAUCAUGUCUGUCACAUCCACUAAGUUUUAAUGCUGCUGUUAAAAGAAAAAACAAAAAAAAACUUUUUUUUUUAAAAGCCAAUCUAUGUACUAAAUUGCUUCCAGGUGAUGUUUGAUUUCCUAAAGUGCACUGAGUUAAUCUGGAAGACGGGCUGUGAGUCUCGGAGCACUGCGCUCAGCCGAGGAAGUGGUAUCGGAAGAGGUGACCCGAGCGCCCUCGGCCCUGAGCCCGGCAGACUGCUGGGCAGAGAGAGACCCCAGGACACAAGCUCUGCUCACCGCGUCUGGUCUGAGCGGCGUGUUCGUAUUUAUAGCACCGAUGUACAUUUUGAAACCUUGAAACCUUCAGGGGUUGGGAGUUGGAGGGGGUAUGGGGGGGUGGGGGGAGAGUGACGGGGUAGAUGAAAGCUUUAAUUUAAAACGAGAAAAAAAAUGUUCAAAGGAAAUUAUUUUGAUUAAAUAUAUUUUAUUUGAUCCGGGUAUUUUUGGACCACAUGCGUAGAUUAACUGUUGAGCUGCAGUUGAGUUGGUGACACGGGUGGGAGUCCUGAUGCCACGUGAGUGCGGCCGCGUUGUGAAUCACUUGCCAGUUGUACUUGGAGCUUAUUUUAUGAUUUCAAAUACUGUACUGUACAUAGGAGGUAUGUCACCUUCUCCUUAUUUGUAUGUUUACCAUAUACUUUGAUAUUUGAAAUGUUAUGUACUGGAAAGGCCACUUAUAUUUCUAGAACAGAUUGGAUUUUAUGCAACCUUUUUUCCUUGACUUAACAGCAAUAAAAAAAAAAAAAGAAAAA